GCACCAUCCGUAUGAAAUAAUUUUUCUACUUUCAACAAUCCACUAAUCUCAUCACUCGAUCCCAAGAACCAGAAGCAGGAGAUGGAGGAGCUUCUCAGCAUGGGCUUCUCAGAGGAUCUCGCUUCUCAAGCCCUCGCCGCCACCACCACUCCCACAAACUCUCCCCCCGCCGAUCCCGAUCCCAAAUACGCACGGUUCUUUUCGUCGAUGAGAUCCACCGAUUCUCCAAAACUCAACAGGACGCACUCCUCCCCGCCAUUGAGGACGGAUCCAUCAUUUUCUUCGGCGCUACGACUGAAAACCCCUCAUUCCACCUAACGAACCCCCUCCUCUCCCGUCUUCGCGUUCUUGCCCUCCGUUCUCUGGAACCUCAGCAUGUCCGCUCUCUUCUAAUUCGCGCGGUUGGUGACGUCGAGCGCGGCCUCCGCCUCUCCAUUAACGGCGCCUCCGUUGCCAUAGAUGAUGGAGCACUCGAGUUUCUCUCUCUCCAUUGCGAUGGCGACGCCCGUGUUGCACUCAAUUCGCUUGAAGCGUCGGCAAUCUUAGCCGUGAACCGAAGUUCUGGGGUUGGCGAGGGAACAUCUAUCAUUACAACUGCUGAUGCGAAGGAGGCGAUGCAGUGCAAGCACUUGGCUUACGAUCGUGAUGGAGAUGAGCAUUAUAAUCUCAUCAGCGCGCUCCACAAGUCGAUGAGGGGCAGCGAUGCCGAUGCAGCCAUUUACUGGUUGGUAAGAAUGCUCGAGGGAGGAGAGCAGCCUUUGUACAUUGCCCGGAGGCUUGUGAGGUUUGCUAGUGAGGAUGUGGGACUCGCAGACCCUGCAGCUCUUGGCAAUGCCGUUGCUUGUUACCAGGCCUGCCACUUCAUUGGGAUGCCAGAGUGCGAUGUGUGCCUCGCACAGUGCGUUGCAUACCUCGCUCUAGCGCCCAAAUCUGUGGCGGUUUAUAAAGCUUUGAAUGCGGCAAAGAGAGCGGUGAAGGAGUCGGUGGGGGGGAACGAAGGGGUGCCGCUCCAUUUGAGGAAUGCUCCCACGAGGCUGAUGAAGCAGAUGGGAUAUGGGGAUGGGUAUCUAUAUCCUCCGGAUAAUCCCCAGCUUUGUAAGGGGCAGAGUUAUCUACCAGAUUCACUUAAAGGUCGGAAAUUUCUCCAAUGGCCGCCAUUGGAUGUAGAGCAGCUGUGAAGUCUGGUUGACUGGAAAAAGGAAGCCUGCACCCCGAUUCAUAUGCCGAGGUUGUACAUCUCCUGAAAGUUGAGCCGAGAAGCUGUAUCCUC